AUGGCUACCGCGAAAGACACGUCUACUUUCUUUCUGGAGGCAGAUGCAAAACAAUUUGACAGUGUUUUAAAGUUAUACCCACAAGCUAUCAAAUUGAAAGCGAAACAGAAAACAAAGAAACCAGAGGAGCUCUUAAAACUGGACAAUUGGUACCAGAAUGAAUUGCCAAAGAAAAUCAAAUCAAGGGGUAAAGAUGCUCAUAUGGUUCACGAAGAACUCGUCAAGCUCAUGAAAUGGAAACAGGCCAGAGGGAAAUUCUAUCCACAAUUAUCAUAUCUCAUAAAAGUUAACACACCGAGAGCCGUGGUGCAGGAAACAAAGAAAGCAUUCAAGAAGCUGCCCAACAUAGAAUCAGCGAUGACUGCUCUCAAUAAUCUCAAAGGAGUCGGUAUAGCCACAGCCUCGGCCCUGCUAACAGCCGCUCGGCCAGAGAUAGCACCCUUCAUGGCCGAUGAAUGUGUUCAAGCUAUACCAGAGAUGGAAGGGAGCGACUACACUGCCAAGGAAUACCUCAAUUUUGUACAACAUAUACUGAACGUCUGUGAUAGAUUAAAUAAGGAACAAAACGGCUGCGGCAAGAAGUGGUCUCCUCACAGUGUGGAGCUGGCUCUAUGGACGCACCACGUACUGUCUGAACUACAGCCAGAACUACUGGGCAAGCCGCCGAGACACGAGUCACCGCUACCUAGUGAUGAGAGCAACCUAGAGCCACCUACUAACGGAAAUGGGAAACUGGUAUCAGUGACUGAGGACGGCGACGUCGCUUCAUGUACCGAGGACUCCCUCGACAAGCCCUCCCCCGCCUCCGCCUCCGACUGUGACUCAGCGCGCAGCACGCCGCGACACAAACGGCCGCUGGAGGAGGCGAGCUCGGCGGAGGACAGUUCGCUCGGCGAGUCGUCCGAGGCGGGGGACCCUCGACCCCUCAAGCGGGCCCGCGAGGCCUCGCACUGA